AUGACUGACAUACAAAUACAAAAUCAAACUAGUAAUUUGAAUACUAGUAAGAAAGAAUUUGAGAAUAGAUAUGAUGAUAAAGCAUUAAGAAAUUUAUGUGUAAAAAACAUACCAAAAGAGACAAAAGAAAAUGAAUUAUUGGAUUUAUUUAAACAAUUUGGUUCUAUAGAAAGUAUAAAGCUUAAAGUAAAUAAAAAUGUUGGGCCUUAUGCUAUUUAUGCCUAUGUUCUUUUUAGCACUCCUGAGGAGGCUAAAAGAUGUCUAAAGCAAAUGAAUGGAAAAAUUUUAAAAGGGAGAGCUUUGAGAAUAGAUUUUAAAAGGUAUAAUAACAAAAAUGAUGACGAUGAAAGUAAUAUUUUUAAUAAUUACAACAACAAUAAUAAUAAUGGAAACAAUAAUAGUAGUAAUAAGUACCAUAGAAAAAUUAAUAGAAAUAACCAGUUUCAUAAUAACAGAUAUCCUAACAAUAAUAAAAGAAUUGGAAGAAAUGAUGUUUCAUUAAAUGAUGAUAAUAACAAUGUAAAUGAUUCAGAGACAAAUAAUUUUAGAGAUUAUGAGCAAAUAAAUAAAAGACCUCGCAUUGGUAUUAUGAAUGAGAAUAUUAAUAAUGGAAAUAGAAAUAUGAAUAACAAUAUUAAUUAUAAUAGUGUUAGUAACAUAAAUAAUAACUUAGAUUUUAAUAAAUUACUAAAAGAUUAUGGAGAAAAAAAGUUAUUGAACAACUUUAACAAUGAAGAUAAAAAUAAUGAAAUAGAGAGUAUUAUACAAACUUUAAUUAAAGAUAUGAUAGGUAAAUCAUCUAGAGUAAAACUAUAUUUGUGCGAUCAUUUAAGACAAUGUGCUCAACAUGUUUUUAAUAGGCCAAUUGCAAAUCAGCAUAUAAUUAAUAACAAUGUUAAUAAUAAUGGCAUAGAUGUUAAUACGAAUAUAUUUAAUGUAAAUAAUCCUUUAUAUAAUCAACAAGACCAUCAAAAUAUAUCCAAUUUAAAUAGUUUAAAUUUAAAUGAAACAAAUAAUUUUAAUAUGAACAAUGACAUAAAUAACAAAGAAAUAGCAAUAUAUUCUAAUUCAAAUAUUCCAAAUAAUAAUAUUAUUUUAAAUAAUGAUAUAUCUAAUAAUAUGAAAAAAUUUAUUUGGAAAGGAAGUUUGGAAAUGAGGAAUAAAGAAAAUUUAAAAAUAAUUGGUUAUGCAUUACAAGGAAAUGUCAAUGAUUUUUUAAGUAAUAAAAUUACGAACAUAGUUAUAAGUCAUAGAAAAAGAAUGAAAAGUAUACCUAAAAUUGAAGCUGCCUAUUAUUUUGAAAUAGAAAAUGAACAAGAUGAAAAUAUAUUUAAUUCAUAUAAAAACUAUUUUAAUAGUAAAGAUAGAGUUGGUUUAGCAUCAACAGAUGAAGAUUGGCACAUAUAUAUUAUUUUUCCAGGUAGUCCUAUUUUUAAUGAAUUUUUUAAUAAUAAUUUAAAUAAUAUUUUUAUAGGUGUUGUAUGCUAUAAUCCACAAUAUAUAGAUAAAAAAAUUACGCCACCAUUGAUGAUGCAAAAUUUAGAAAGUAUGAAUAAUUUAAAUCAAAAUAAUUUGGGAAAUUUAAGUAAGAAUAUCAUGAAUAAUAAUAUCACUAGUUCAAAUUUAAAAUUAAACAACAAUGUGAAUAAUACAAAUAUUGUUGAAAAUAAUAUGAUUAAUAUAUACAAUGACAUGCUAAAAGGAAAAGAAAAUAACUUUAAUACAACUAAUUCUCAUUUUUAUAAUAAUCCAAUGAAUUUAAAUAGUAUCACAGGAGACCAAGAUAACAUAAACAGUCAUAAUGCUUUAAAAAAUCAAAAUAAUAAAAAUGAUUAUUCAAAUCAGGCAUCUAUUUUAAAUCAGCAAGUUCUUCAAAAAAACAAUUCACAAAACAAUGAUAUGACAUUUAUAAAUGACUCACUCAAUAAUUCAAAUGAAGUAAAUAAUAAAGAAGAUAAUAAAAAUGAUAUACCUAAUUGGCUAAAUCAAUUUAGUUCGUUAGCUGCAUAUCUUGUUAAAAAGUAA